AUUUUAAUCAGGGUUUGAUGAUAAUUUGCACUCAACAUUAGUUUCUUUUGCACCGACCCAGACUAGUUCUUACUGGCCUAGACCAGUAUAAGUCUAGCUGUCAGUUUAUCUGCGACUGUGAGUGUAAACAACCCCACGAUCCGCUGCGUGAUGCGGUAAUUCAUCUAUCAACUGCUUUCAAAAGCUUAGAUACAUCUUCAAAGAAAGAACAUGCGUUACAGGAAACGAACUUCCAAUCCAUAUGCAUCAGUCUACGGGCGGAAGAGUACAAAGACGUCCCAGGGACGCUAUAAUUACAUGUACCGUGGGGAACAAAGGCAGCUUCCCUGUUGUUAACUACGUUCUCAAUCGUGAGAUCGGUUGCUUAGCGACCCAUCUUUAUAGUAACUCAUAAAUUGACCAUUUAAGCAUGUGCAUGAUUUAAUUUCCCUUACUCGAUUCAGUGUGUUUUGAGGAAUCGACUGAGCUUGGUGACGAACAUCUUUAGAAGAUCAGAAAAUACAAAUGACAGUUUGUGUUCAGCGUCGGCAUAUGCCGGUGUUACGCAUCCUCUGAGAGCUACGUCGUCUAUGUGGAGGCAUUCCUGAUUAUGUGUUUCUUACAAUUCAAUAUUCAAUACGGAUACAACAAGCAUGACCGAAAGUUGGUUUUGAAGUAACAUUGGUGUAGCACUACAGAAGUAGUUCCUAUCUUAGACCGUCGGUAUGCCUGCGUUUCCAUUCGGCACGGCCAAGGCGCUGAGCGCCCUGCAUCUGGUGGUGGGAGUGGCUGGUAUCGUGCUCGGUGUGGCUGAGCUGUUUUUCAAGACCAGGGAAGACGCCCGGAACCAGCACAACAAGGCCAUACAGCUGUCCGUGGGAGAUGUAGGGACGCCUAUCAUCGGUGGACUGUGGUUUCUCCUAGUCGGUAGUGUUGGUGCCUCCCUGGAACCUGGCGGUCCAAACAAUAAGUGCAAGAUAGCUGCCUACCAUGUCUUGUCCGUUGUCAGCGGUGUUCUGUUCGCCCCAGCCAUGGGAAUUAUCGCCGCUAACAGCAUCUCACAGCGCCAUGACGCGCCCUGCACGGCAGAAACCUGCGCGGAAGCGUCAGGCAUCCUGGGUAUCCAGGCAGCGGUGAUCGCCGCGGCAGUGGUGGAGGUGUGUCUGUCCGUUACCACGGCAACCAUCUGCUGCUGCUGGGCCCCGCCAAGUACGGCCCAGGUGAUGCCGAUGUCAGUGCCCUACACCAUCCAGGUGGUGCCGCAGUCCCCUAACCCCGCCCAGCCCGGAGGGAGGUUACUGGUACCGCAGCCUCAGUUCUACCUGCCGAACCAGGUCAUCACUGAGGACAUCGACUUCAAGAAGACCACAACUGAUGAAGGAAUCGUUGCGAGGGAAGAUGUGAAGAAAAGCAGCUCCUCACAGACGCCCCCUCCCGCCCGUGACGUGGGCUGCAACACGCAGGACAAGCUGAUCCCCUGGCUGGGGAUCUCCGCGGAGGAGCUGGAGAACGCCCGGGCGACCCUGCGCCCUCCCCCGACCAAGAAGGCGUGGGCAGCAGCGCCGAGAGCGAUCCUCAGGAGGUUCACCAAGCAGCAGAACGGGCACGUCUGGCCGCUAGCGAUUCCCAAACGUCAUGCGACAGAGAAGAAAGAGGACGGGUCUGGCUAUGGGAAUAGCGGUCCCAAUCCAUCUACUUCCAAGGGCAUCGACUUUAUGGAUAUUGGGAGCUCCAGUGAUGAUAAAAUGGAGUCCAAACCCCCCACAGCACCAUCCCCUCCCCCUUCCCCGCUCCCUGGGGUUGUGAUUGAAUAGUGGUAAAAGAAUGUGUGCAGUAGUGACAAAUCCGCCUAUGAAUGUCAAAUGCUUAACUUAUAUUGGCUUGCGGUAUUGAUACCAUAUUAUGUUAUGUUGCAUUAUGAUGAUAUUUUGGUAAAGUUUUGUGUGUACACUUGUCAUCUAGUAUCUUUCAAAGUUGUAGGUAUGUAUUAUCAGUAUCUAUGGAUUUUGUUCAAGCCAACAUCUAUUAGUCGUAAAAUAUUGACACUGCUGAAACAUAUGAGGAAUUUGCAGAACAAGGUUUUGAAAGGUGUUAGGAAGUCACAAUAGCUGUUUAAAACAUGUUUAAUUAUGUUCUGAAACAACUCUGGCAUUGCCAUUGUAUUGUAGAGAAAUUCAUAUUCAAUCAUAGAUAGCAUUCAGUCAUUUUUCUCUAUGAGGUCUUGGCAUGAUUAUGUAUUUCACAAGUUAAAAAUUGAUGUUGCUCUAAAAAUCAAUGUUUUCAUGUUAUAAAAUUGUGCCAUGUAAGUCUGAGUAAAUGCAUGAAGGCCUGACACAGGCCAUACAUAAAAUACCAUAAAUAAAAAAA